AUGGGUUGUUGUAAUCACCUAUUUGGCCACCACGGCCGCCGACACUACGAGGGACCCGGGCAGGCAGAAGAGGACUACUACCACCAGAAGAAGCACCGCCCUCUCUCGGCCAGCGAACUCGUCUACGCCGACAGGAUUCUCAACGAGACUCGCCACCCCACACCUCACCCGAACCAUGCCGAUUACCAGCAGCAAAUACCGGCGUCGGGGCGGACAUCGUGCUGCGAGCCCCUGGAUGAAGACCUGUUCAAGACGAGGCGGCAGUUGAGGCGCGAGAAGCGGUCAGACGAGGGUUCGACGUUCCAGGCUGAGCUGAAUCAGACGCGUUACAGCUUCAACCGGGCCGAGGACCAGGAGGCCCGCUUCUCGCAUGCCCAACAGGAGCACAAAAAGGCCGCAGCAGCAGCCGAGCGCCUCAAGUCACUGACAGAGCGUGAGACUGGCCGUGAGACGGUCGAGAUGGCGUACGUGGCCGCCCGUCUCAGGGACCUGGCCGACCAAGCAGAGCUCGACGCCCAACGAGCUCAGACCGAGGCCGACGAGGCCGUCCGCCGCUACAGCCUGGCCCACGAAGCCGUGAUGAAUCAGGUCGAAGCUGGCCCCGAGGAGCAGCCCGAGGUGGCGGAACGCCUACGGUCCUUGGCUGAGCAGGCUGACCUGCAGGCCGACAAGGCCCGCCACGCUGCCAAGAACGCCUCUCGCCGCCACACACUGAUUGAGAACGCCACACACCAGGAGACGCAGCAGGCCGUCGCCAUUGCCUCACGCCUCAACUCGCUCGCCCUUGCCGCCGAGGAGAAGGCCAAGAUCGCCAACGAGGCUGCCGAAAUGGCUCGUCGGAAGUCCAGUGCAGCGCUGAAAGCCGUCAAGGUCUUGCGUGAUGCCGACAAGAAGCUCCCUGCGCCUCCAGAUGUACCCCCGAGGCAGUCACCACAGCUCCAUCAUCAGCGUAGCUUGUUUCAGGCCCUUGGCGAUGUUCUCGGACUAACACAGGAUCCUUUGGCGGUCAAACCUACCUCCCCCGCGCCUGCACCCCAUCGAGUGUCGGCUGAUGAGAUGCCUCCUGAGACGGCAGCUUCGGAGCAAACUGCCAACAAGCUUCCCACGGUACAAGAGGUGCCCACUCCAGUGUCCGAGCCUAAUGAUGCUGCUUCGGCCCCAAAACCAAAAAGCACUUGA